GCGACUGAAAUGGGCGAAUGGGAUCUUUUGGGCCGCCUGCUGGACAAAGUGCAGAGCCACUCCACGGUGAUCGGCAAGGUCUGGCUCACCGUGCUGUUUGUCUUCCGCAUCCUGGUGUUAGGAACCGGUGCUGAAAAGGUGUGGGGGGAUGAGCAAUCCGACUUUGUCUGCAACACUCAGCAGCCCGGCUGUGAGAACGUCUGCUACGACCUCGCCUUCCCCAUCUCUCACGUUCGCUUCUGGGUCUUCCAGAUUAUUGCCGUGGCAACUCCCAAACUGCUUUACCUGGGCUACGUUCUUCAUGUGAUCCACGCUGAGAAAAAGAUGAAGGAGAGGAUGAAGAAGCAGGCCGAGUUGGACGACCCAGCCAGUCUGUUUCUCAGGAGGGCCUACAAAGUUCCCAAGUACACCAAGAGCACUGGCAAGAUCAGCAUCCGCGGCCGUCUCCUCCGCAGCUAUGUUCUCCAUCUUGUUGCCAAAAUCGCCCUGGAGGUUGUGUUCAUCGUGGGUCAGUACUUUCUCUACGGCUUCACCCUUCAGACUCGAUUUGUCUGCGCCAGCUUCCCGUGCCCUCACAAGGUGGACUGCUUCCUGUCGCGGCCUACGGAGAAGUCUGUCCUCAUCUGGUUCAUGCUGGUGGCGGCGUGCGUCUCCCUCGUACUUAAUGUGCUGGAGCUGAUCUACCUGUGCGUGAAAGCGGUGAAGGAGUGCUUGGUGAGGAGGCAGGACUACACCGUGACCGCUGUGACGCCUCCGCUCUUGGAAAGGAAAGCUUUUAGAAGCCUAGACGACGAGGCCAUCCAGAACUGUGCCAACCUGGAGCUGGAGCUCCAAGGGCAGAAGUUAGGGGUGAAUGGGGUCAACGAGGCCCCUAAGAAUGUGACGCCUGAGAACAACAACAUGAUGGGGGAGAUCCAUAUCUGAAGCACGGAGGCGGUAAUAGGCUGUACGUGUCCAAAGCCCCUGAAUAUCAAGUAAAUGUGUGUUUUGGCUUUGGGGAGGAAAUGGGUGUGUGUGCGAAGUAAAUAAAGAUAGAU